GUCCAGGCUUCGCUGCCGUGCGAAGUGGCGCUGGAGGUCUACGACAUCCUCGCACGGCCACCUGCGACGAACCCGUACGAUGCGCUCAAGACUGCCAUUUUAGAACGCACAAUGCUUUCGGAACGCAAACGCCUGCAGCAGUUAGUCUCAGCAGAAGAACUGGGCGACCGUCGCCCAUCGCAACUUCUGCGCCAGAUGCAGGCGCUUGUCGGCGACCGUGCCGCGACGUUCGACAGCCAGUUCUUGAAAGAGCUGUUCUUGCAGCGACUCCCAUCGUCGGUGCAAAUGAUCCUGGCGACUGCAUCCGACUUGUCCUUGCCUGCCUUGGCUCUCCACGCCGAUAAGAUCAUGGAGGUUGCAAGCCAACACCCGUCAACAUCUACCGUCUCAUCAGUACAGCGCCCCGAGCCCGCCACUCCAGCGACUCGCGCACCCAUACCGGCCGCGGUUACUCGGGAUGAAAUCGCAGCACUGCGAGAAGACGUGCAACAACUACAGGAACUUGUCACAAGCACAUUGCGCCUUUCACGACCUCGCAGCCCUAGGCGAUCCUCACAGACCAGAAGCUCCCACCGUCGUUCUCCGUCGCCACAGGCGAACCACCAGCCAAGGCAUAACCAACAGAGGCAAGAGCAACAGCACUGCUGGUAUCACCAGCGCUUUGGAGCUGCUGUGGAACGCUGCACCAGGCCUUGCAGCUGGUCGGAAAAC